CAAUUUGCAAAGCGAACCGUACGAAUUGAUUGCCUUUGGCUUGUGGUUGAUGUGAGGAUGGAUCAAUGGAAAGGCGAUCACUUCGCAGGUGUUUCAGCUCCUUCUUCAGCCCAGCAUCUUCCUCUUCCUCCUGUUAAUUGUGAUAGGAAAAGGGCUGAUGUGGAGACCAAGGACCCAGUUUCUGCAAGGAAAGUUCAGAAAGCUGACCGCGAAAAAUUGAGGAGGGAUAAGCUGAACGAGCAUUUUCUGGAGUUGGGAAACACAUUAGAUCCAGAUAGGCCAAAGAAUGACAAGGCCACUAUCCUUACAGACACAAUUCAAGUGUUGAAGGAUUUAACAUCUGAUGUGAACAAAUUAAAGUCUGAGUGUGCAACACUCAAUGAUGAAUCUCGUGAGCUGACAUUGGAGAAGAAUGAGCUAAGAGAAGAGAAGGCAUCUUUAAAAUCUGAUAUUGAAAAUCUCAAUGCUCAAUAUCAGCAAAGAGUGAGGGUUAUGUUUCCAUGGGGAGCUAUGGAUCCUUCUGUCGUGAUGGCUCCACCUUAUUCAUAUCCAAUGCCUGUAGCUGUUCCGCCUGGUCCAAUUCCCAUGCACCCAUCGCUUCAGCCCUUCCCUUACUAUCAAACUCAAAAUCCAGCAACUGUUCCUAAUCCUUGCCCAACUUUUGUCUCGUAUCCAACUCCUAUCAAUCCUGCAGUAGAGCAGCCAUUGGCCCAACCCCAAUAUGCAUCUGUUUCACAUGUUUCAAGUAAACAAGAUUCCAAAAGCAAGUCAUCAGAUCAUCAAAGGGGAGGCAAUGCGGAAAGAUGUGAUGACUCCAAUGAGGUGGCAACAGAACUUGUACUUAAGAUGCCUGGAUCUUCAGCACAUCAGGAGUCAUGUUGUGGGGCUAAGAAGGGCAAACAAUCACAAAGGAAAGAUAGGAACAUUACAGAUGGAAGCUCUUCGAGUAGGUAUUCUUCAUCUCAAGUUGUUCAGGAGAGUUCCUCUAACAGCGUAGGUGAUAUCCCCAAGACUAACAAAUGAAGAUGUUCUGUUUUGACCAUUAUACUGACCUGUGGGGUUAGGAAGGGAAAGCAAUCACAGAGGAAACUUAGGAGUAUUACAGAGUAUACUCUUUGAAUAGGCAUUCGUCAUCUCAAGCUGUUCAGGAUGGCUCCUGUAAGACUAACAAAUGAACAUGUUCUGUGUACUGGUUCUACUGACUGGAUCAUACUGUUAACAUCAGUACAUCACAGGCAGCUCGAUUUUCUGUGACACUCUGAUGGUAAAGCCUCAGUUCCGUAUUCCAUGAAUUCCAGUUUAAAUUUGGCUUCCACUCCAACUGAAACGAAGGUGUUUCUUUUGGUAGAAACACAUUUGCCCUGUUUCUUUUUGUAAAAACAAAUUUCCCAACCACGUAAGUGUUGAGUUGUAUUCUGGCCUGCAAUAUAGGGUUUCAUGGAUGGUCUGAACAGUGCUUCUAGUUCGCCUAGAUCCCAUGUAGACUUUAAGCUGCCUGUUGCUAAUGUAGGGAUUUGUGUUUGUAAAUUAUUUCUACUAUGUACCUAACCCCUUAAAUUACAUAUGAUAAUUUAGUAUAGUUGUAAUUGCACA